GAGGGACAGCUCCCUGACAGCCUGUCACACAGCACCGAGCGCCCGGCAGCCGCAGCUCAUCCUGGUCAGCGCUCAGCCGGGGGAGGGAAGCCGCAGCUACACCCGCUCCAUGCAUCACCCCUCAUCUCCGUACUCCGUGCCCGUAUAGGAGCGCCCCAUCCACAUUCCUGCAUCAUCCAGCAUCCUCCGGCGGAUUGCGCAGUCAGGACCAUUGCGGUCACCUACAUUGUGCACGUCGGGACCGGCAGCCGGAGAUGUGACAGGGUGAAUCGGCCAUGGUGGCCAUGAGAGUGCUGCCCUCUUUUCCUUCUUUACAGAAAAAAUAUUUUGAAACAAUUCAAGAUAUACAGCUAUAGAUGAAGACACAUGCUUGAGUAUUCCAGCUUGUUCAUGUCUUAGUGUCCAAAUGAUGUGCCCUUCCAGUGGCAAUAGAUACAAAAGAUGGACGUGCCAGCCAAGAUUUAUUAUUGUCUGUAACAAAGGAUAAAAGGAGCCUUUUGCAGCUGAAACGGCCCCAAUUUCGUGUCAGACAUCAAAAUUGAAGCAAAAGCUACAAAAGGAAAACGGAGACGUGUAAAGAUCUGCUCUGCAGGCGUGAAAGGAGGCGCACUAACCCUACAUCCGAGGAACAGAAUGAAGUGUCACCCGAGUUUAUGCAUAUCUUUUAUUGUGUUCCUUCUUCACUUGGUCUGUGCUAUUAAAGUUCCUCAGGACCCAACCAUUGAACGAGACCUAUAUCAACCCCCAACCAUCACCAAGGAAUCAGAAAAGAAUUAUAUUGUUGACCCACGCGAUAAUAUCAUAAUUGAAUGUGAGGCUACGGGAAACCCUUAUCCAACAUUUACAUGGACACGGAAUGGGAAGUUUUAUAACGUAGCCAAAGAUCCAAAAGUCUCAUUCCGCAGGCGGUCUGGGACCCUUGUCAUUGACAUUUAUGGAGGGGGUCGGCCUGAAGACUAUGAAGGGGAAUAUCAGUGCUUUGCUCGCAAUCGGCAUGGUACGGCCCUUUCAAACAAGAUUUUACUGCAAGUGUCAAGAUCUCCAUUGUGGCCAAAAGAAAGCCUGGAUCCAGUUGUUGUAAAUGAGGGAGCUUCCCUCAUUCUUCAGUGCAACCCCCCACCGAGUCUUCCCCCUCCAGUCAUAUUCUGGAUGAGCAGCUCAAUGAAGCCUAUUGAACAGAAUAUACGGGUGUCUCAAGGUUUGAACGGGGAUCUGUACUUCUCUAAUGUCUUGCGUGAAGAUGCACACACGGAUUAUAGCUGCAAUGCCCGUUCUCAUUUUACACACACCAUCCAGCAGAAGAAUGCCUACACUCUUAAAGUGCUGACCACCCGUGGAGUACCAGAGAGAACUCCAACAUUCCUGCUGCCUACGGGCACUUCCAGCACUAAGCUGGUGUUGCGGGAAGAAGAUCUCCUGCUUGAAUGCAUUGCUUCUGGAGUACCAACCCCAGAAAUCAUGUGGUACAAGAAGGGAGGGGAGUUGCCAAGCCAAAAGCUGAAGUUUGAGAAUUUUAACAAAACUCUACGUAUUUCACGAGUAUCGGAGGAAGACAGCGGAGAGUAUUUUUGUCAAGCAUCGAACAGGAUGGGCAGUAUAAGGCACACCAUUUCUGUUCGGGUGAAGGCGGCACCUUUUUGGUUGGAUAGACCUAAGGACCUGAUCUUGGCUCCAGGAGAAAAUGGUCGAUUGGUGUGUCGCGCUAAUGGCAACCCUAAACCUACUAUCCAGUGGAUGAUGAAUGGAGAGCCCAUCUCAGUAACAGAACCAAACCCCAAUUUUGAAGUUGCUGGUGACACAAUCAUCUUCCGAGAAGUGCAGAGUGGGAACAGCGCAGUGUUUCAGUGUAAUGCAUCCAAUGCCCAUGGCUAUUUGCUGGCUAAUGCCUUCAUCAACAUACUUGAUGUUCCAUCACGAGUACUAGGCCCCCGGAAUCAACUGAUAAGGGUUAUUGAGUACAACAGGACUCAGCUAGACUGUCCAUUCUUUGGCUCUCCUAUUCCCACUCUUCGAUGGUUUAAGAAUGGGCAGGGAAGUAACCUGGAUGGAGGAAAUUACAGAGUACAUGAGAAUGGGACUCUAGAGAUUAGUGUUGUGAGGAAAGAAGAUCAAGGCAAAUACACCUGUGUUGCUACCAACAUUCUUGGAAAUGCUGAAAACACUGUGCGGCUGGAGGUCAAAGAGCCUACCCGUAUUAUUAAGGGUCCUGAAGAUAAAAUAGCUAGACGAGGCUCGACAGUACGUCUGGACUGCCGAGUAAGGAGUGAUACAUCACUAAGAUUAAUAGUGACAUGGAUGAAGGAUGAUAGUCAGCUGUACAUCAGCAGCAGAAUGAAGAAAGAGGAUGAUGCUCUCACUAUUUUUGGGGUAGCAGAGAAGGAUCAAGGUGCAUACACCUGCGUGGCCAAAACAGAGUUGGAUCAGGACUUUGCUAAAGCCUAUCUCACCAUUCAGGAAACCUCCACCUCACCUACUAGCCGACUGACAUCAGUACAGAGAGAUAAACCAGACCCUCCCAUGGAUUUAGAGUUAACUGACCUUGCCGAAAGAAGCGUCCGACUCACAUGGACACCAGGUGAUGAUAACAACAGCCCUAUAACAGGUUUCAUCAUACAAUUUGAGGAGGACCGUUACCAACCGGGUACCUGGCACAACCUUGCUUCAGUUCCCGGUAAUGUGAAUUCUGCUUUGCUUCGUCUCUCUCCAUAUGUCAACUACCAGUUUCGAGUUCUGGCACUAAAUGAUCUUGGGAGCAGCAUGCCCAGCCCAUCAUCUGAGCGAUACCAGACUAAUGGGGCACCCCCUGAAGUUAAUCCAAGCGAUAUUCGUGGAGCAGGAACUCGCAAAGACAACAUGGAGAUCACAUGGACACCACUUAACUCAACACAGGCAUAUGGACCCAAUCUACGCUACAUUGUGAAAUGGCGCCAGCGUCACACAGGAGAGGCAUGGAGCAAUGUCACGGUGUGGACAAACAAGCAUGUUGUAUGGAACACCCCAGUGUACACCCCUUAUGAAAUAAGAGUGCAGGCAGAAAAUGAGUUUGGCAGGUCACCAGAACCGAGCACUGUGAUUGGAUACUCUGGAGAAGAUUAUCCUAAAGCAGCACCAACUGACAUUAAACUAAGGGUCACGAACAGCACUGCCAUCUCCCUACAGUGGACACGUGUGGCCCCUGCGUCAGUCCAAGGAAGUCUUGUGGAAUACAGAGCAUAUUACUGGAGGGAGAGUAGUUUCCUGAAAGGAAUUUGGGUCUCCCGAAAGAAGCUGCAGCAGAGUUUUAUCGGGGAUCGAGUACGAGGGAUUGUGUCCUUCCUGAUACCUUACAGUAACUACAAAUUAUACAUGGUAGCAGUGAACGGGAGAGGGGAUGGCCCGAAGAGCGACAUUAAAGAGUUCACCACACCAGAGGGAGUGCCCAGUCAACCCAAAAACUUUAGAUUCAGUGAACCGAGCCGUGAAGUCAUUAUGUUAGAAUGGAGUCCUCCAGAACACCCCAAUGGGAAUCUGACGGGAUACAACUUACGCUACCAAGCAUUCAAUGGUUCCAGAUUUGCAAGACCAAUAGUCGAGUUACUGUCACCAAACCAAACAAAGUACACUUUAGCAAGGACGGAUCCGAUCUCACGUUAUCGCCUAACCUUAAGUGCAAGGACUCAGGUUGGAGCUGGGGAAGUGGUCACAGUUGAUACCCCACUCAGACAGGAUGAAGUUCCCCCAACUUCAGUUGCUCCCACGUCUCCAGCACCUGUUACAGAUGCUCCUACAGAAAUCCCAACUGUUCCCCCAACCACUUCCAGUGCUACCACUACUGUCCUCAGCACAACUAUCACGGCCAGACCCACUACUACUACUACUACAACUGUUCUUACUACUACUGGUACUGAGAGCUCUCCAACAACUGUGGCUAGCAUCCUUGAAAUAGCACCUGAACACUGGGACGUCAAAAUUUCCCCCAACAGCCACUGGGCAAACAUCACCUGGGUAUAUAAUGUACAGAUGGGCACUGAGGUUAUGGUUGAGUAUAUUGACAGUAAUAACAUGAGCAGGACUGUUCCCGUUAGGGGUCAUCCCCCCUCAGCAAUUCAACUGUCUGACCUGGUCCCUGGGAUGACCUACCGAGUACGGGUUUAUUCCCAGGAGCACCACUCGGUCACAAGCCCAUUUGUGACUUUCGAAACCAACUCAGCGUAUACAAAAAACCAGGUGGACAUUGCUACACAGGGCUGGUUCAUUGGACUCAUGUGUGCAAUUGCUCUUUUGGUGCUCAUCUUACUGAUCGUUUGCUUUAUCAAGAGGAGUCGGGGAGGAAAAUACCCAGUGAGGGAAAAGAAAGAAGUGGCUCUAGGCCCUGAAGAUCAAAAAGAUGAAGAUGGUUCAUUUGACUACAGUGAUGAAGACAACAAACCACUUCAGGGCAGUCAGACUUCGAUAGACGGAACCAUCAAACAACAGGAGAGCGAUGACAGUCUUGUCGACUAUGGUGAAGGAGGAGAAGGACAGUUUAAUGAAGAUGGCUCCUUUAUAGGGCAAUAUACAGUUAAAAAAGACAAGGAUGAGACAGAAGGUAAUGAAAGUUCAGAAGCCACCUCACCGGUCAAUGCCAUAUAUUCCCUGGCAUAGGACAAUUUCCACCUCCCAUCCAGUCUCAGAUACUACCACCUCCAUGUCUUUGCCUCUAAACUCUCCUGGGAACAAAAGAUACCCUUUCCACCAAGCUAGAUUACAAUAGGAAAUAUGCGUCUGCACAGAUUGCUACUAUUCCAACAACCUCAUCUGCAGUUGUGAAAACAGCCAAGAGACAUGGAAUCAUGGACGGCUAUCCUCUUCUACAGCUGCUACAGUCUUUGUCCAAGCUACAUACACAGUAUUACCUGCUGGGACAUCUCCCUUAGCCAUGCCUUGCAAUCUAUUGACUAUAGUUCCAUUCAGUUCCACGGGAGGGAGACGGUGACCUUAUAAUCACAGCUGUCUGAUGUGACUCUACAGGAUUCAUUCUACGAAACAAAGAAUUACAGUCUUUCACCUAAAGAUCGUAGAUUUGCCCCGUCAGUGACAACUUCUGAUUGGGAUGAAAGGAACUUUUUUUUUUUACUUUGCAAUAUCAGAAAGCAAUGGGAUGGGUGAUCUAAAACAUCUCUUUAACUAAUCCCCAUCGAGCAAAGAGGUUAUGUUAACUAUUAAUUUUCCCCUACCUCCUAUUUUUAAUGUGAACUUUUUUUUUUUUUUUGUGCUCCAGGGUAUUCUGUAAUAUAGACUGUAUAGGGCAAUAAGGCACUCUGGAUUUGUGUUGCUUCAUCCUCAUUUCCCUCAGGACAGUAUUGAAUCCACAGCUAUAACUUGUGGGAGCCUGGCACUGCCAGUGGACAUGCCCCAACAUCAUGGAGCUGUCGUCCAUUGAUUGUAGCUGCUACCUUAACAUAUCUCAUUGUCUGAUUUCCCAAGGGCAGACUUCGGCUAUUGAUCUGUUUGCUGCCAGAAGGAUAAAAGCAGAGCCACACAUUUAACCCUACCAGAGGAACAAAGGAAAUGGUACUAAGGACAUAUGCGUCCUCCAUUAUAUACAUACAUCCAUCCUUACUCUUUGUGCCACUAACAAUCUAUGCAGAAAUAUGUCCAUCUAUGUCCUCUGUUUUUUUUUUUUUCCAGAUCACCCAUCUUUCUCCUUUUCUUUUUUGUUUUGUGAAAUAGUAGUUGAGGGAUGAGGCCAUCACUGACAAUGGGUGCCCAACCCUUGCAGCACCCAGGAUGUGUAUAAAUGAUUGUGAAUAUGAUGAAUGUUUGUGACAUAGGAGGUGGCACUGCUGCUGAUUGUGUAUAAAUGUGUGUAACGUUGGCAUUGCCGCUGUGCAUGUGUACAUAUGAAUGUCUGUUUCCCCGGGAAGUGCGGCAUUCUUGCUGAUCAUCUGUUGUAUGUAUGUCAAUGUCAUUGCUGAGGUGCAAGGAGGACUUACAGAUGUGCUACCUGUGCCGAACCUGAGCUAAUAUUGCCUUUGGUGUGCAAGGAGGAGGCUGGAUCUUCCACUGCUGUACCUGUAAAUACAUAUCAGGUUUGGCAGAGUGUGUACAUAUUAAGCGGAGCUGGCACUGCCUUCAUAUAUCUAAAGCUGUAUUCUGAAGCUUUGCCAAAUCUGGCCUUAACAAUCACCAGAAACAAAUGGUAGAGUCACACAUAGAUGCCCCCACCUCUGGUGUUAUAGACCACACACUCUGCCUUGUCUCUCCUUUUGCACUAAAGAUUCCUUCAUAUCUUUUGUUUGAGUAUGCCUUGUACAUAUUGACUUAUAUCCAUAUUUAAAUACCACUAAUAUAUUUAUAUCGUCUUCACUGUACAUUAACCACACGCAUAAUACUGGACUCUAUGAUAAGGAUCGGGUAGCCCAUAUUGGUCUUUGGUACUGGAAGGGUUAAUUGUAUAACAAGCAUAAACCCCACAGUGCAUUCAUAAGGAGACUCAUCGUUUUCUUCAGCCCUUUUCUUUGCCAGUCCUGUUUCAUGAGAAGAAGGAAAAACACGCUCUCAUAGUAGGAGACUCGGUAAACUCUUAGAUGCUGAAGAGUCCUGCCCCUUAAAGAAUGAGAUAUCAGUGUUUUCGCUAAAGAACCUCUUGUUGUAUAUUUAUUUCUGUCUUCUUUUUUGUUCCGAGCGAGCAGAGAACUGCAUGAACGUCACUAAUGGGUUUCUAUCUGUCUUUUGUCUGUUCCUCCUUUUGUCUUUUUUAAUCACUGUAAAACAAUGAAAUAAAUUCCUUUUUUUUUCUCUUUUUUUCCCAUGAUUUAUAUAUAAUAUUUUUCCCAUAAUUUAUAAUUAUAUGAAAUAUGUAAUGGUAGCAUGCACAAAAAUGUAAACAUUUUCUACACCAAACUAUUGGUAAAAAGCAGUGUUUUCCAAACAGGAUGCCUCCAGGUGUUGCAAAACUACAACUCCCAGCAUGCACAGACAGUGCACCGAAUCUUAUCAGCUGGCUUGUACAAUAGCGAGAAUCACUGCUGUCUUCUUAUAAGGUUCAAGGAAUGUUUGCUUUUUCAUAAUUGAGUUCUGUAAUAUAUAAUAAUAAUAUAAAUAUACCAACCUGUAAAUAUAAGGACAUGGUAUUUGUUUUGGGCAGUUUUACAUCCAAUAAUAAAUGUGUGAAGAUUUUCACGCAUUUAUUGUUGCAUAUUUUUUUUCAUAAACACUUCAAAAUGUAACUUAUAAAUUGCAAGCAAAGACUGGAUUAAAAAAAAACAUGAAAAAGAACAAAAUCUGCCUAAUAAAAACACAGAACACAUAAAAAAUAUAUUUGUGUUCAGGGCUUCAAACUCGUGCUCGUGGUUACAGCAAUACAUAUGUACCUGUAUGAAACAUUACACUAAAGCUUACGGUCAGAUUUGUGCCCAAUGACCGCGACGGAGGGCACG